AUGUCGGACAAGCCCGUGGCUGAACAAGAUACAAUGGUGGAAGUAGAUCAAAAUAAUGAACGUGAUGUCCAGUCUGUAGAAGGAGCGACUGAUCAGUUGGCGCAGCUUACGGUAGAUCCAGCCGAAGAGGAAGAGGACAGUCUGGUCAACCUGCCCAAGAACGUGCUGCUGCGUCUGGACGCGUUGCGCAAGCUUCAGGAGGCUCAGGGUGAAGUAGAAGAGGAGUUUGAGAAGGAGCGCAAGGUACUUGAGCUUAAGUACGAACGAUUGUACCAACCGUUCUACCAACAACGCGCUGAGAUCGUGUCAGGUACCAAAGAAGUAGAGGCUGUCACGGCCGCCACUGCUGAGCCUCAGGAGACCGACGUUGAAGACGAGGAUAAUGUAAAGGGAAUCCCUGGUUUUUGGCUUCGUGCCUUUAUGAACCACUCGGCACUUGCCGACCUCAUUCAAGAGCGUGACUUGCCCGCGUUUGAGUUCCUUACGGACGUGCAUUCGGUCAGCCACGACAACAACAAUGGCUUCAAGCUCACGUUCGAAUUUGCUGAAAAUCCUUUCUUCUCCAACAAGACACUUGUCAAAGAGUACGAUAUCGGUGAUGUUUCGGAGCUGGGCGAGGCUGUGUUACGCAACGUGAAGGGCACCGUCAUCGAGUGGAAAGAGGGGCAGAACUUGUGUGAAGUAACCAAGAAAGUCAAGCAGCGUGCCAAGGGUGGAAAGGGUGAAUCUCGUGUAGUGAGCCGCACGGAGCCUUGUGAGAGCUUUUUUCAGUUCUUCACUCCCGUGGAGAUGCCGUCGGAGGAAGACGACGAAGAUAGUGAGAUGAUUAUACGCCAAAUGAGCGGCGACUUUGAGAUUGGCUUUACAAUCCACGAGACUAUUAUCCCACAGGCUCUACUCUGGUUUACUGGCGAGGCCGUGGAAGACGACUCGGACUAUUUUGAAGAGGAGGAAGAAGACUACGAGGAGUCACUCUCCGGUGACGAAGCCCCCAAGCCUCGUCGAGGAAAGAAAAAGUUUCCCGCUCUGGAUGGUGACGCCGACUCGAUAGAGAAACCGCCUGAGUGUAAGAACCAGUGA